UUCUAUGGGAGGGAAGGUUUACUGAAGCGCCACAGGAGGUCACUGGAGUUUUGUCAGUGGUCAAACUUUACUAUAUCCUAUAGAGAACGACACGCUAUUGAUUAAUACUUAGACGCAUAUACUGUUGCUGUAUGUAGUCAAGCAGUAAUGCACAGGUCAGAAAUGCUGCGUCAAAACAUAUAUUAUACUUAAGGUAAGGUUAAUUUAAUAAAGUUAUGAGAUGGUUCUAAUGUUUUGGUCCUCGUUUAUUUAAAUAUUGUGGAACACUGGAACCCCAUUAUGUUACUCACCCCAGUGACCUCAGUAAUAGCCAUAUCCUAGAACUAUCCCCUUUAUUUACUCCUUUAUCGUCUAGGGGCAGCACGCGACCUUUACCAUGAGGAGCUGUCCGUUCAGCACCACCGUCAAAAAAGAAUAUUAUCAACACGUUAUACAAAAAAUAAAUAAAUAUAACUAGACACUGCAUCCUUUAAAUGGCAUUAUAACCAGUUCACUGGAGUGCUGUUUUUAAUGAGUCCUGCAGAUUAGAAAAACAGUUGCAGCACAUCAGGCGGACAGACGCAGAGAGCACCGACACUUUCAGUCAGUGACGUUGAGCUGCACAACAACAAGCCUCUCCAUCAGCUUGCUUCCCACACCGGUCUGGUCCGCAUGCCCGUCCGCACCAACUCCGGCAGCUCCGCGUCCUCCACGCACAACUCCCCGUCAUGAACUCUGGAAGCAGGCACUGACGCCAGACAGAAAUGCUGAAGCUCCGGCUCGUCCUCCUGGCUGGGAUCUGCUUCUGCGUCCGCGGAACCCCUGUCCGUCCCCCAAACGCCAUCCAGACGCAGGACGGCGACUGUGACGGGCCGUGCGCCAGCUCAUUAACAGCUGUUGGACCGAAGACCGAGCCCUCGGGCGCUGAACGCGUGAUUGGCCUGGAAUUGAAUGUAGGUGUGGGGGCGACGGCUGGCCCACAUGGACGACCCGAGGGAGCAGAUCCAGUGACGCAGGCGGAAAACGGGGACGGCCUUGAUGGAAUAUCUGGGCCGAGCGAGGCUGGCGAGUUAAAGAAGGUCGAGAGCACGUCUGAGACCGGACAUGCUGAGAGACAGGCGCUCGGCUCAGUGCGGGCUGCGGGGUGGGCGUCAGAGGAGUCCACUUCUAAAACGCAGCUGAAAACAGACAUGAGGGCCGCUUUCUCACCAGCGGUGCCGCCGCUGAGCAUCUCAGCUGCAGAGAUCCAGGAAGGCGGCUCCCGCCAGGACAGGGACCCGGAUGCGAGCUCACCCUCAUCCUCAGAACCCCGCGUCCACGGACUGACGUCCCACAGGCCGACCUCGCCCUUCGCCUCCACGCCUUUGACCAUGUGGGGCAGUGAGGGCCCUGCGGCGUCUCCCCUCUCAGACCCACUGUUACCUGAAAUGGGCCCAAACCUGAUGCCAAAAGAGGACGGACCAGAAAGCCUGUGGACCGAAGCAGCGAGACCUGGUGGAGCCGACACCGCGGUGCCGCUCUCCCAGGACGAAGCCACCGAGGGCACCAUGUCAUCAGAGGCGCUCCCUCUCAUAUUUGAGGACGUCACCCCAGAGGCGGCAGCGGCGGUCACGCCGGUGCCCGGCGGCGCACGGCCUCCCGCUGCCAUGGCAACCAAAGGAAUGCCUUCGUCAGAGACAGACCUGGAGCAGCUGGUCACCGUGGAGACAGACAGCGACGGUCCGUCGCACGCCCAGCCCCUGCUGACGCCAGACUGGACUCAUCCUGAUCUCCUGGACUCGAGGAGCCCUCCAGUUGCUGUGAGGAAACCAAAUCUCUUGCCCACCACCGGCUCCUCCCUCUCAUCCCUCCAGCAUAGGAUGACAACGGUUGCCACGGCAACCAGCAGGCCCGCGCACAAAUCCAGACUGGGUUUGGCGACGAUGGAAUCUGAGGAGGAACCAGACGAGGAUGAUGAUGACGAUGAUGACGACGAUGAGAACUCUGAGGAAUCUGUGGAGGAGGAAAGCGAGGAGGACCUCACGGAAGCACCUAAAACGUCCUCGACGCAGCCUCCGUACAGCUUCAUCCCUCCACCCCCCGUCUGGGUUCAGCGCAACCAGGGCCUGAUGCGCAGCUGGGUGGAGCUGAUCAGAGAAAAGGCAGGGUACGUGUCUGGGAUGCUGGCCCCUGUGGGCAUCGGUAUCACAGGGGCCCUGCUCAUCGUCGGCGCCCUCUACAGCAUCCGGAUGAUUCACCGCAAGAGGAGGAACAGCUUCAAGCACCAGAGGCGGAAGGUCAGGCAGCCAGAGCAACCUCGGGAGGCCAGCACCAGCCGCCAGGACCAGGCCAUGCUGCUGGCCGACAGCUCCGAGGACGAGUUCUGACCGCACUCCUCUGGGCUCCUCCCGUCUGUGACCAGCGGCCAUUGGUUCCUGCAGCGGAGGCUUGGCGGCCAUCACCAUCGCUAUGACUACUGCAUCUCCAGUCACCCGGGGCCCGUUUGGCCAUGACUCAUCUGAUCCACGCUGUGUGACAGAGUAUAGGACCCCAUUUGCACAGGCUGCACAAUGGUCAGCUUUGUAUUCCCCCUCUUUCCGACCAACAGGAGCGCGUCUCUGAGCGUUGUCAGGUGAUGUUGACUGUAGCAGACCCAGCAGGGCUGGCGUGAGGCCCGCAGCCUUUGAAAGUGUCAAAAACAAACUAAACGCAGUCGUGGGGUUUUGGCAGAAAGGAGGCGUCGCUGGUCAAAUCCUGCCAUUUCGGAGCAGAGGGGGUGAAAAUAAGGAAAGGGCUGUAGAAUAUGGACUGUAUAUGUAGCUGACCAUGGGUUGGUUGUGUUACUGUAGAUAAAGCUUGAUUAUCACUACACCUAAAAUAAAGCAGUACGUUACCAUGGCCUGUACCUUUAGCUUCUUCUGUGAAACAGUGUCUGCAUAGGACAUUACUGUCAAACCAGUCUCGCAUUAUUGUUGAUGUCAAAUGAUCAUGAUCCUCUAUAAGUAUGUAGCAGAUACCAGACCUCCUCCUACCUGCAUGUGUUUUUCCUUUGCAGACAAGACCUUUUUUCCCUCCUCCAUCACGUUUGCACACAAGUGAUUUUAGAAAAGGGCUGAGAGGAGAGAUUCCGUUCAACGUGUUUCAACAGAGAAUGUGAAAUCUGGAGUUCUGACAGAAUGGGUGCAACAAACGCUGGUCACUUAAGCAAUGUUUUUAACUUCUAGUAUUAACAUACCAUUGUGGUUUUGUUUAGGGAAAAUAUAUUUUCUGUAACUCUAUGGGCCAUCUGAUGUGGUUGUUGUCCCAACUCUGUUUAUAUGCAAUAACAGUGUUUUACAGUGUUAGGUAAAAUAAUGACGCUAGGGUGAUUUGUGUAGAUACAGAAUGUCUUCAAAUAAACAAGUUUUAGUCUGA